AUGGCAGGAGCUGGUAAACUGACUGUUGUGAUGUUUAUGAUCAUUGCUUCCAUUUGCUUCUACAAAGUUUCCGCAGAUCCUGACAUGCUUCAAGAUGUUUGUGUUGCUGAUCUCGCUUCUGGUAUAAAAAUAAAUGGGUUCGUCUGCAAAAAUAAUGCCAGCGCGGCAGAUUUCUUCUUUGCGGGCCUAGCCAAACCAGGAGUCAUCAACAAUGCCGUUGGCUCUAUAGUGACUCCAGCCAAUGUUAUGCAAAUCCCAGGUCUUAACACUCUUGGAGUGUCGAUGGCACGCAUUGACUAUGCCCCAGGAGGCCUAAAUCCACCACACACUCACCCACGUGCUACUGAGAUGAUUUUCGUGCUUGAAGGUGAAUUGGAUGUUGGAUUCAUAACCACUGCCGAUGUCCUCAUAUCCGAGCACAUCAUGAAGGGUGAGAACUUUGUGUUCCCAAGAGGUCUUGUUCAUUUCCAAAAGAACAAUGGCAAGGUUCCUGCUGCUGUCAUUUCCGGGUUCAACAGUCAGCUGCCGGGUACUCAAGUUAUUGCUGCCACACUAUUCGGAGCUACACCACCAGUUCCGGAUAAUGUCUUGACAAUUGCAUUCCAAAUUGAUGCACAGGAAGUAGAGAAGAUCAAGUCAAAGUUUGCACCCAAUAAGUAGAUACAAACUUGUACCAGUUUGUUUUUACCAGACAAAACUUGUACCAAAGUGUGGUUUUGUGGGUUCAGAGGGUCAAGUGGGUUGACAUUUGUACUUGUUUGGUUUGAAUAUGAGUG